AUGGUUACUUCUCACAGGAGUGAUGCGCUUCGCUGCGAAGUGGAACUGGUCAAUGGUCAGUGGCGUCCGAGGCCGGGUGCUACCUGCCUCGUCUCUGUAGUCGUGGUUCUGGAACGCACUCUGCUGCUACCAACAGAACCAUCCCGGCCUCAGCUCGACACAAGCCCGGUGCAUAUUGUCAUCUCCUCACCGUCUGAAGACGACCCGUUGCAAGCGUCUCAGCAGAGGCAUUCGACGGAGACGGCUGCCAGGAGCCUCGCACCUCAGAAGAAAAGAGUUGGUCGGUUUCUCUACCCAUCUAGUCCGAAGGCGAAUCGUCUGGCAGUGACGCGCAAGUCGAAAUCACCACCUAUUCCGCCUUACCGCUCCUCGACUGACUCCACGAAACCGACUCUCGCUGAGCCCGUCAAUCAGCCGGACACUUACAAACUGUUCAUCGUUGCCGUGGAUGCGAGUUCGGGGCUGCGUUACCUGCAGUGCCAGCACGAGGGCAACUUCGUCUGGCCGGCAGCAUGCCAAAGGCCUGAGCUCAAGUCGGCCAAAAGAUCAGCAAAAUACGAGCUGCCCGAGCAAAGUUCUGAGCCUGAAUUGUCAUCUAAAAAGGAAGAACGUUCGCACUCGUCAGACCCCAAUUUAUCUAACAGCCAAGCUAUCAAGAAUGCUGACUUGCACUCGAAGGGAAAGUGGUGGAAGCGGCGACACAAUCAUUUUCACCCUGUCAAGUCAAAGCUGAACUUGCCUCUGGUGAGGGUUCAAGAGACAGGCGCCAAGAUAUCAAGCGAAACCGAGACCAAAGUCAAACUGUCAGAACUGCAAGACUUGAAGACGACGUCCAGAGUACAACAAGAGGUUGACUUGCGAUUCACGCCAGAGCAGUUUGGCGAGUACCGGGUCAUUGUAAGUUCCUUUCUUGGUCAAUAA